AUGACUCAGUUGUCUACUCAGUCAUCCUAUUCUUACGAAAUUGAUUUCUUGAAGGAGUCUGACAAGAAGUCUAUCAGUGAUGUGAAGCUUUGUGUCGAGGUUACAACUUGCAUCACGUAUGAGACUAUAAAAUCUAUUGAGAGCAUAUACAACUGGUGGUACAAGUCUUGCAAAAAAUGUCCAUUUUCUGUUUCUGAGGAUUUUGAAAAGUGGUACUGUAAGAACUGCAAAAAAUAUUGGGAAGAUUACUAUCUGAGGUUUAGUGUUCAGGUAAGAGUUGUGGAUAACACGGAUUCUGCAUCAUUUCUUCUGUUUGAUCGUGACUGUGUGUCUUUGCUGGGGAUGAGUCCUGCUGAAUUGCGCGAGCUGCAUUUCAAGAGGGGUGCUGAUUUGGAUCAAUUUCCAGAAGAGUUAAAUGUUUUGAAUGAGAAGUCCAUGUUGUUCAAGCUAAAUAUCAAGCAAAAGGAUUUGAACUUAUACAGCGAGCCCAAGUAUCAAGGUGAAGCAAAUUUUGAGGAUGCACGCGAAAAUGAAAUUGUAUCAUCAGAACCGGAAAAGGCUGCGGAUGUUGAGAGUCAGACCUGUGAUAGUGCUGACGUUGGUGAUAUCUCUCUGACAAUGUUGACACCAGUGAUCCAUUCUCAUGAUUCCAUUGCUGGAGAAUUCAAUUUUUUGGCUAUUCAGACAGCCAAAAAAAUAAAGCUUGAAAAAGAAUUUGAUGCAGAAGCAGAUGAGAAUACCCCGUAG